AUAUAUAAGCCCAUCCACCCACAACGCCCUCCUUCUGCCCCUCCCUUCUUUUCUCUCUCUCUUCUAUUCAAUCCACUCCAUAUUUUCCCACUCUCAACCGUCAACCCUCACUCCUCACCGACAUCCACCUCAAAACUUUUGUAACACCCCUCGAACUUGUUGAGUCGUCGUGAACUUCGAAGCCUACCUCAAUUUCACUUCCCCCCAGAGUGUUUUUGAGCUUGAAUUCAAAAGUUUUUAUAUAUACAACCCCCUACGAAUCCCACUUCCGGUAUAUAUACAAAUCCUACAACAUGUCUGCGAUCCGCACCUCCGUCUUCCGCGCCGCCGCCGCCGCCGCCGCCGCCGCAACCCGCCCUGCCACCCUGGCAGCUCGCCCUCUCUCCACCUCCGCGCGUCUCCUCCGCCGCGAGGUCAUCGCCGAGAAGCAGAUCCCAGUCUCCUCUUACGCCGACCCAGAGUCGCACGCACCCCAGCGCAGCACCAUCCCAGUCCGCAACGACCCCGAGAUCGAGGUCCACGCUGAGGAGCAGACUGGUCUCCGCGCGCCGCCGUUGACCAAGGCUCUGUUCUCCAAGCUGCCCAAGAGCAUCCAGAAGCAGACCGUUAUGGGUAAGGUUGUUAUUGUUACUGGCGGUGCCCGCGGUCUCGGUAACUCCAUCGCCGAAGCCUGUGCCGAAGCCGGCGCCCGCGCCCUCGUCAUCUUCGACGCCAACCAGACCCUCGGCGAUGAGUCCGCCGCCGAGCUCCACGAGCGCACCGGCAUCCCCGUGCAAUUCUACAAGGUGGACGUCCGCGACGGCGGCGCCAUCAUCGAGGCCGUCAACGCGGUCGUCGACACCUUCGGCGCGCCCGACGUCCUCGUCAACGCCGCCGGCAUCGCCGACUCCAACAUCAAGGCCGAGGAGUACGACCACGCCAUGUUCCGCCGCCUCAUCGACAUCAACCUCACUGGUUCCUUCCUCAUGGCCCAGGCUGUCGCCAAGUCCAUGAUGGCUGCUGAGAAGCCCGGGUCUAUCGUCUUCAUCGCCAGCAUGUCUGGUUCCAUCGUCAACUACCCCCAGGAGCAGUCUUGCUACAACGCCUCCAAGGCGGGUGUGGUGCACCUCGGUCGCUCGCUGGCGGCGGAGUGGGCCAAGUACGGCAUCCGUGUCAACUCCAUCUCCCCGGGUUACAUGGACACGGCGCUCAACCGCGUGCCGGCGCUCGAUGCGCAGAAGAAGAUCUGGACUAGCUUGACUCCUCAGGCCAGGCUGGGGAAUGUGGAUGAGCUGAAUGGAUUGGCGGUGUACUUGGCGUCGGAUGCGAGCUCGUUCAUGACUGGCUCCGAGAUCAAGUGUGAUGGUGGUUACAGCUUGUGGUAAAUCCGCAAUAGCGGUUUCGGCCUCUGAAGUAUUGUUCGCGUCGGCAUCGCAUCGCUUCUUGUCUGUUGUUUUUUUGAGAACGCGAAGAGGAGGAGGUAGAUGAUUCAAGCUUGCUUGUUUUCUUGUCGUCGGGAAAUGAAAAAUCUGAGCAGCAAUGGGGCGUUAUGUUCUGAAACGGCGUCGUUUUUAUUUUCCCCUCCGUUUAAUUCUAUCUUGGGCGGGCGGAUGGAAAAUACGUUUUUUUGAGGGUUGAAAAAACUGGUGGUGGGAGAGGAGGAUAUACAAGUAGGUUACGAAUAUGGUAUUCGAGAAGAAGAAUUGAGGGGGGGGGGAAUACAACUCUGAUUUUGAUAUCCUUUUGCCUUUUUUUGCAUGUGUGAGGUGUGAAGAGUAACAAAAACCUGAAAUCCCGCGCGCAACAAUUUCGUCAAAAAAUCGAUUUUUAUAAGUGUGAAUAGUUACACAUGUUCAAAUCCCGCCCGCUACGAAAAUGUACCAAAAGUCGACGUAAAAGGUCGCCGCCGCCUUUGCCGCCCUAUGUUUCGAUCCACCGUCAAGCAUCGAACAUCAGAUUCAGGUUUCCAGAGGCUAGUCUAGCACGACCAUGUCACGAUACCCUCAUCUAUUCAAGUCCGGGUACGCGGGUACAAGACGACCUUAAAAACAGUGGAACGCUGUCUAAAUUGAAGCCAUCGUGAAAAACCGGCCCUACUGCAACAAGGGAAACAAGCUUAAAAGGAGGUGUGUGUGGAACCGCCCCGAGGUGUGGACCAGCCUGCCGCGCGGACGGGGGGGGGGGGUG